CCGUGGCCUGGGCGGGGAGGGCUGCAGGCGGGGCCGGCGGCGGCUGCAGGCGGGGCCGGCGGGAGUGCUCUGGCUUGGGGCGUCGUGUGCUCGCUCGGCAUCCCCGCUUCACCCUCCGUGUGUGUAACGGAAAGUUUGAAGUCAUGUCCACAAAACCAAAACUUUACUACUUUAAUGGAAGAGGCAAGAUGGAAUCAAUUCGUUGGUUGUUGGCUGCAGCUGGGGUCGAGUUUGAAGAAGAGUUUUUGGAAACCCGAGAGCAGUAUGAGAAACUCCUGCAAGGUGGAUCCCUGCUGUUUCAGCAGGUGCCCAUGGUGGAGAUUGAUGGGAUGAGGAUGGUGCAGACCAAAGCCAUCCUCAGCUACAUUGCAGCAAAGUACAACCUCUAUGGGAAGGACCUGAAGGAGAGAGCCUUGAUUGAUAUGUAUGUCGGAGGAACUGAUGACCUUAUGGGCUUCAUUUUGAUGUUCCCUUUCUUAUCAGCAGAGGAUAAAGAGAAACAACGUGCCUUAAUAGUUCAGAAGGCGACAAGCAGGUAUUUCCCGGUGUAUGAAAAGGUUUUGAAAGACCAUGGGCAGGACUUCCUUGUUGGCAACAAUUUUAGCUGGGCAGAUGUUCAUCUUCUUGAAGCCAUUUUAAUGGUAGAAGAGAAGAAGUCAGAUGUGCUCUCAGGCUUUCCUCAGUUACAGGCAUUUAAAGCAAGGAUAAGCAACAUCCCUGCCAUCAAGAAAUUUCUUGAGCCGGGAAGCCAGAGGAAACCUGUUUCUGAUGAUAAAUUUGUAGAGACUGUCAGGAGAGUUCUCCGCAUGUAUUAUGAUGUAAAAGCAAAUUAAGUUUGCCUGGCUGCAGGCUGUAAGAGAAGUGCCAGAUUGCACUGGUCCAAUUACACUGUGAAGGAAGGCGAAGGGGUGAUCCAGAGGUGUUUCAAUGGGCAAUCACACAAAAUACAGUAGGCAGGUAUCUUUUAUAACACUUAAUACUAGCCUGUUUUCUCCUUCAUUCAUCUCAAGAUUUUUUCUGGUAAUUUUAAGCAAUUGACAUGGCAGCAACCAUGAGUUGCUAGAGACUGUGGAACAGCAGAAGAGAGAAAUGUGAGUUUCUGACUGAUAGCUACAGUAUGUCUUGCUGUUUCUGAGGACAUUUUUCUAGAUCCAGAUCAGAUUUUUAUAUGAUGAUUGCUUUCAAUGUAGGCCUUUAUUCUUCUUUAGUAUCACUGUUGGCAUAUGAAACAAGGUUUUUAAACAAAGUAGGAGUGAGGUCUUUCUCCUGCCAGUUCUACUGGACAUCAGUGACUUGUCUAAAUGUCAACACUGUGCCUUUAUAACUAAAUUGCACUUUUAUUACUAAAUCGGGAAAUAAAUGGACUGCCAAAUAAUGUUUUUGUUUAACUGCUCUAUCUGGAGGACAAAUCAAAUAAACUUUUUAGAUAGUCACAUUAUCCUGUUGUCUUGUGAAUGAAAGCUGGGGCUUACAAACAUAAUUUUUACUUUUCCUGGAGGAUAAAUUCUUUUUAUUUUAUAUGAGGAGGGUCAUUGUUAAUCCACAUGCCUCAUGGAAAGAUAUGUUUUGUUUGUGUUUAUAAACAAGAGAAUGGAGAUGUGAAGGAGAGGUAGUAAACCAGCACACAAAUUUGAUAUAAUGCCUAUCUAGUACCAAGCAAACUCAAAAUGUUUCUUUUCCUCUUUUUAAAAAUUGUAUGGUUUCCACAGACAGCUAGACUAAGGAAUUUAAAACUGUUUUAAUGACUUCAGAAAAUGGCACUUAGGUUAUGAAAAGCUGCUCUGCAGGAUGUUACCUUGGUGUUUCAUAUUUGUUAUUCAUAUUCUACAUUAAUGACAUAGUUUACAAGAAAAGACUUGUGCUCAAUCUCCAA